GUUCAGGUUCUUCACUUCCUAUUUCUUUCAGCCUUUUUAUGUAGUCGCUAUGAUUUAUGUAUGGAUAUUGCAAUGAUGAUGAUUUAGGUUACAAAUUACAAGAUUCUGAAAUAACAGAGUAGUGAAAUUUUAAAGCACAUUAUCACUGGAGAGGAAUCAGAAAUGUAAGUUUACACUGAGCAUUUUAUGGAAAGAGAUAGCCAAUGCGGUUGCUAAUAGAGAACCAGUCUCAAGUACUUGAGAGAUGCUUCCAAGUUUCAUACUACUGUAUGUGUAUAAAAUAAAAGUUUAAUCUAGUUGCUGGGAAAUAAUAAAGAUUUUACAAGUUUUCUUGUUAUCUCAUUCUACAGAACACACUGUGGUUAUUUAUAAAUGUGUAACCACCAGCUGCAUUUUCUCAUAGUUUUUUCUCUCUUUCAAACACACACACUGAUAAGCAGCAAAUGAGGAAAAACCACAGGGCUACAUACUUCUGCAGUUAUCUUCAAAAGCAGUGAUACAUAAACAACUGGGAUACAUAAAAAUAAUGAAAAGCCAAUUAAUCGGAUUUCUUACGAGCUUUUGGAUUUCUUUUUCACUUGCUUUGUAUUUUCAUAGUGGAGAAAGAGAAGAGAAAUGUGUAAUUGAAGAUGUUCCCAGUGACACACUGGUAACUGGGAAUUACAAAGUACAGAAGUGGGAUAUGCAUAAACAUGACUUUCUUGACUCUGCUCCUGGUUUAGGAAUGUUUGUGACUGUUCUAACUCCUACCUCUGAGGUAAUUUUGUCAAAACUUUAUGGGCCAACAGCAACAUUUUCAUUUACAUCCUAUCUAUCUGGGGAACAUGUUAUCUGUUUGCAAUCAAACUCCACGAGACUUGUGGCAUUUGCAGGAAGUAAAUUGCGUAUUCAUUUGGACAUUAGAAUUGGAGAACAUUUCCUGGAUGAAGCUGUUGUUCAAGCCAAAGACAAAGUGAAUAAAGUUAAUGUUGAAAUAGAACAUCUUCUUGAGCAAAUUCAUCACAUAUCCAAAGAACAAAACUAUGAAAGAGAACGUGAAGAAAAAUUCCGGAAGACAAGUGAACAAACCAACAGAAAUAUAUUGUGGUGGGCUGUUGUACAAACAUUAAUCCUUGUCUCCAUUGGAAUCUGGCAGAUCAAAUCUCUCAGAGAUUUCUUUAUAGCUAAGAAGCUUGUUUAAGUUUUACAAAGAUGCAAAAUUUCCUUGCUACCUAAUGCCUAAUAUCCAAAGAAACCCUGUUAUCUUUGAGAAAAUACACUGUAUAAAACUCUCAAGCUUGAAUCAUCUUCUACUAGAGUUUUUACUCUAAAUCUCUUUUCUCCAUUUAUAUGUAUCUGGCCUUCUCUUAAGUUUUAAUCCUUGAAUCUCACCUUCUAUCAAUUCCUUUUCCUCUACAGAUAUGAAGAUAAAUCUAGAAGAAAGACGAGCAUUCAAGCUCAAUUCAGGAUUGUUAAAUUUAAAAGAGAAAUCUAAAUAAGAUAUUCAAAAUUCUCUACUUGUUUAGUAACAUUGUUCUUAUUGUCUUGAACAGAUCAGUGUUUCAGCUCUGAUUGACUUAGUAGGAAGACAAACAAUUAUCUCUCUUGUGGUGAGAGCAUCUUGAACUGAACACAAUACCAACUUUUCCUCAGAUAUAAUUGUGAUUAUUUUUUUUAAAGUAGUGAAAGAUUUACAUGACAGUGGAACCUAUUGUGAUCAAUUACCAUGGAAGAGGGAGAUCCGUACAAACUGCUUGGAAUUGCUCUCCAUUUUUGCUCCUAGAUAAGCCCUAUAAAUUAGGAUAUAGAGUUGAGAUCUGACCUUUCCCACAGUUUAUGUUUAGCCUUUAUGAAGAAUGACAACAUAGACUAAGUUACAGGUUUCUUGGCAAACACUGAAAUUUUGCCUAUAUAUUUUCUUUUAAGGUAUACUUACACUAAAUUCUGCGUUCUGAUGCUGUAUUGAUGAUUGUUUAAUUUUAAUUAUUCAGUAACUGUAACAUUACUGUCUAAUGAACUUAGCAGUAUUACCGUUUCACUUAUUGCAGCUUGACUGAAUAUAUCUGAAUGCCUCGAAUUAGAUUACUUUCUGUACAACCACCUGAGUAACUACAAUAUCAUGCAGUCAUGAAUCAAAAGCUGUGGUUUAAAAUUCAAAUAAUUAGCUUGACAAAGCAACAUUAGUGUAAGAACAGGAGGAGAUGGCAUGAUCCACCUCCCCACCUGGUUAACACAUAAAGAGACAGUCUUUAAGAAGGCUUUCUGGAGGGCACUCUGAGAGAAGAGUGCUGCAUUUUGUCCUCCUGCUCUUUUUUUUCAAUUGCUUUUCUAGUCUAAAAGUUGCAAGCUGAAAUACCUCCUGAGAAAUUCUAAAGGCAGAGCCUUCUUUCUUUUACUUAUAUUCCUUCUCACCUUUUGUUUUCAUUACCAAGGAAUGACCUUGUCCUGUAAGUAGGUUUCCUUUCGCAGUAUGAAAAUGUAUGUGAGAAUCUCUGUAGUUACAAAGUAGAGAUAAAAAACAGUG